AUGGCGGCCAACAACAUGAUCAACACCUCGGUGGACCCCAAGACCGAGGACGCCAUCUUCGCCCAAGAGGUCGCCCAGGUCAAGAAGUGGUGGAGUGACUCAAGAUGGCGCCAGACCAAGAGGCCCUUCACAGCUGAGCAGAUCGUCUCAAAGCGUGGCAACCUCAAGAUUGAGUAUCCCAGCAACACCCAGUCAAAAAAGCUGUGGAAGAUCCUCGAGAAGCGCUUCCAGGAGAAGGAUGCUAGCUACACCUAUGGCUGCCUCGAGCCCACCAUGGUCACCCAGAUGGCCAAGUACCUCGACACCGUCUACGUCUCCGGCUGGCAGUCGUCCUCCACGGCCUCGUCCUCUGACGAGCCCGGCCCGGAUCUGGCUGACUACCCCUACACCACCGUGCCCAACAAGGUCGGCCACCUGUUCAUGGCCCAGCUCUUCCACGACCGCAAGCAGCGCCAGGAGCGCAUGACGACCCCCAAGGCCCAGCGCGGCAACGUCGCCAACGUCGACUACCUGCGGCCCAUCAUCGCCGACGCCGACACGGGCCACGGCGGCCUGACGGCCGUCAUGAAGCUGACCAAGCUGUUCAUCGAGAAGGGCGCGGCGGGCAUCCACAUCGAGGACCAGGCGCCCGGCACGAAGAAGUGCGGCCACAUGGCGGGCAAGGUGCUGGUGCCCAUCAGCGAGCACAUCAACCGCCUCGUGGCGAUCCGCGCGCAGGCCGACAUCAUGGGCUCGGACCUGCUGGCCAUCGCGCGCACCGACGCCGAGGCCGCGACGCUCAUCACGACGACCAUCGACCCGCGCGACCACGCCUUCAUCCUGGGCGCCACCAACCCCAACGUGCAGCCGCUCAACGACCUCAUGAUCGCCGCCGAGCAGGCCGGCAAGACGGGCGCCGAGCUCCAGGCCAUCGAGGACGGCUGGCUCGCGCAGGCCGGGCUCAAGCGCUUCGACGACGCCGUCGUCGACGCCAUCCGCCAGGGCCCGCGGCCGGACAAGGAAGCGCUCGCGGCGCGCUACCUGCGCGAGGCCAGGGGCAAGAGCAACUCGGAGGCCCGGGCCGCGGCCCGCGCCAUCCUCGGCGCCGACGUCCACUUCGACUGGGACGCGCCGCGGACGCGCGAGGGCUACUACCGCCUGCAGGGCGGGUGCGACUGCUCCGUCAACCGCGCCAUCGCCUACGCCCCUUACUGCGACGCCAUCUGGAUGGAGAGCAAGCUGCCCGACUACAAGCAGGCCGAGGAGUUUGCCAAGGGCGUGCACGCCGUCUGGCCCGAGCAAAAGCUGGCCUACAACCUCUCGCCCUCGUUCAACUGGAAGACGGCCAUGCCGCGCGACGAGCAGGAGACGUACAUCCGGCGCCUGGCCGGGCUGGGCUACUGCUGGCAGUUCAUCACGCUGGCGGGCCUGCACACGACGGCGCUCAUCAGCGACCAGUUCGCGCGCAACUACGCGGCCGUGGGCAUGCGCGCCUACGGCGAGCUCGUGCAGGAGCCCGAGAUGGAGCAGGGCGUCGACGUCGUCAAGCACCAGAAGUGGAGCGGCGCCGCCUACGUCGACGAGAUGCUCAAGAUGGUCACCGGCGGCGUCAGCAGCACGGCGGCCAUGGGCAAGGGUGUCACCGAGGACCAGUUCCACUGA